CGCGCGGCGCGGCCUCAACCUCGUGCUAGUCGGCCGCGACCCCGCCAUGCUCCAGGACAUCUCCGAGACCGUCUCCCGAACGCACGGCGUGCUGGCCAAGACCGUGCAGUUCGACUUCUCCCUCGUCUCCACUCCUCGAGGGGAUGAGGCGAUGAGGCGGCUCCGGGAGGCGGUGGCAGGGCUGGACGUCGGACUCCUGGUGAACAACGCCGGGGUGGCGAAGCCGGGCGUGGUGUACCUGCACGAGGUCGACGCGGAGGCGUGGGUGAGCAUGAUACGGGUGAACCUGUGGGCCUUGACGGAGGUGACGGCGGCCGUGCUGCCCGGGAUGGUGGACCGGGGGAGGGGCGCCGUCGUCAACAUCGGCUCCGGCUGCACGGUGGCGCUACCCUCCGUACCGUUCUACUCCAUCUACGCCGCCACCAAACGGUACGUUGCUCAGUUCUCCAGGAGCCUUUACGUUGAGUACAGAGGCAAAGGCAUCGAUGUGCAGUGUCAG